AAAAUUUAUAUAAAAAUGCUUUUGAUACAUCACAAAAUAGUGAAACUGUUGAGAAACAAAAUAAGGAAAUAAGGUUUCAAAAUAAAUCAGUAAAUAAAAGUAGAAGUCCAAAAUUUGAUAUUUGGAAUUAUUUUAUCCAUAGAACAUCUGAUGGUAAAGGCUAUUAUGGUGCAAAUU